AUGCCCACCCUGCGGUUACGCCUGCUGUUCCUGCCUCUUUUCCUCAUUGUCCAGCUGACUUCGGAGGUCAGUCUGCUGCCAGAGCCUGGAAGCCACCCUGGAGUGUGCCCCAACCAACUGAGCCCCAGCCUGUGGGUGGACGCCCAGAGCACCUGUGAGCGGGAGUGCACUGGGGACCAGGACUGCACAGCUGCUGAGAAGUGCUGCACCAAUGUGUGUGGGUUGCAUAGCUGCGUGGCAGCUCGCUUCCCUGAUGGUGGCCCAGCCGCACCUGUGACAGCAGCCUCCUGUGAGGGCUUUGAGUGCCCACAGCAGGGUUCCGACUGUGACAUCUGGGAUGGGCAGCCCGUGUGCCGCUGCCGUGACCGCUGUGAGAAGGAGCCCAGCUUCACCUGUGCCUCCGAUGGCCUCACCUACUAUAACCGCUGUUACAUGGAUGCAGAGGCCUGUCUGCGUGGCCUCCACCUGCACAUUGUGCCUUGCAAGCACAUCCUCAGCUGGCCACUCAGCAGCCCAGGACCUCCAGAGACCACUGCCCGCCCAACACCUGGGGCUGCCCCGAUGCCACCUGCCCUUUAUAGCAGCCCUUCCCCACAGGCAGUGCAUGUUGGGGGCACAGCCAGCCUCCACUGUGAUGUCACUGGCCGCCCACCACCCACCGUGACCUGGGAGAAGCAGAGCCACCAGCGGGAAAACCUGAUCAUGCGCCCUGACCAGAUGUAUGGCAAUGUGGUAGUAACCAGCAUUGGACAGCUGGUACUCUACAACGCGCGGCCUGAGGAUGCUGGCUUGUAUACCUGCACUGCACGCAAUGCUGCUGGCCUGCUGCGGGCUGAUUUCCCGCUCUCUGUGGUCCAGAGGGAACCAGCUAGGGAAGGAACCUCUGGCGCCCCAGCCCUGGCUGAGUGCCUGCCAGACAUGCAGGCCUGUGCUGGCUCAGCCUCCCCAUACCGUGUCCUCUGGCAUUUUGACCCUCCACGGGGUGGCUGCAUGACCUUCCCAGCCUUUGAGUGUACUGGGGCCACUCAAGGCUUUACAACAUAUGAGGCAUGCCAACAGGCCUGUGCCCGUGGCCCUAAGUAUGCCUGUACCCUGCCAGCUGUGCAGGGUCCUUGCCAGGGCUGGGAGCCGCGCUGGGCCUACAAUCCACUGUUGCAGCAGUGCCAGCCCUUUGCCUAUGGUGGCUGUGAGGGCAAUGGCAACAACUUCGAGAGCCGUGAGAGCUGUGAGGAGGCUUGCCCUGUACCUCGCUCACCACCCUGCCAAGCAUGCCGCCUAAAGAGCAAGUUGGUGCUGAGCCUGUGCCGAAGUGACUUUGCCAUCGUGGGGCGCCUCACUGAAGUGCUGGAGGAGCCCGAGGUGGGCGGCAGUAUUGCCCGAGUGGCCCUUGAUGAUGUGCUCAAGGAUGACAAGAUGGGCCUCAAACUCCUGGGCACCAAGUACCUGGAGGUGACACUGAGUGGCAUGGAUUGGGCCUGCCCCUGCCCCAACGUGACGGCUGGCGAUGAGCCACUGAUCAUCAUGGGGGAAGUGCAUGAUGGCGUGGCCAUGCUGGAUGCCAGCAGCUAUGUCCGUGCUGCCAGUGAGAAGCGGGUCAAGAAGAUCUCAGAGCUGCUUGAGAAGAAGGCCUGUGAGCUGCUCAACCGCUUUCAGGACUAGCUCUGUUGUCCUCUCCUACUUGGGACUAGCCCCCUUCCCCAACUCCUCCUGCCAGGACUAGCCCCACUGUCCCUUCCUGCCCACCUUCCUACUAAAU